AACGAAGCGUCAUAUCACCCACUAAAAUUAGUCUUAGACUUUAUACUUCGCAAUUUGCUUUAGAGUUUACUUCGCCUUUAUCAUCGAAAAUGAUGUUUCACAUUUCACGGGCUUUAAUCGUAACAUUAAGUUGUUUUAUUAUACUCAUCGAUUGCAAUCCAAAAUUCAGUGAUGGAGGAUUUAUACCUAGUUCCACCACUUACACAAAAAAACAAGCGAAGGUGCAAGAUCAAAUACCUGUACUAUCUCAAAUUAAUCAACGCGAAGAAACAUCAAAACGUGAUUUCGAAAUGAAUAAUAUUGUAGAUCGCAGUCAAGAAGCGCGAUUCGGUUUUACUAAUAUUGGAAGUACAGGAAGUGGUUAUGGUAUGGCACCUUACGCACCAGCGAAGAUAGAUCUUGGCGGACUUCUGUUGGGUGCCAUCAUAGGUGUAGGAUCAAUUCUUAUCAUACCAAAAUUGCUCUAUAUUCUGUCUGGUACUUAUAGCGCUUAUGCAAGAAGUGAAGAUAAUGGCUUCACCCAAACUUUGACGAAAGUUGAUGAUGUCUUGGCUCGUCACGGUAUCGACACGACUUCAUGUAUGCAACGUGUAGUAUGUACUUACUCACAACAAGCGGCUGCCUCAGUCAACGAAGAAGAUAAUAUCAUAAAUGAUAAGAUAUCGUCUUUCAACAAAAUAGUAAAUACCAUCAUUACCAAUUCAGUAUUCCACACCGCUAUGCAAGGAACAGCGAUACAAGAAGCAAUAGAAACAGGUAGAACCGGCAAGAACUGUUUAAAAUCAUACCCACAUUGCGGAUUUUCGAUGGAAACUACGCUAUCGUUAUUGUCCAGUUUUAUCGCAGCGACAAACACACACAUUGCGACACCCACUGGCGCAUCAUUUUAACAGUUAUUUAUAAAAUUUUUAUGACUUUCAUCGUUCUUUAUAAGUUAGUGAGAGAAACUAAAGAGAAGUGACAGAAAUUAAGAUUGCAAACUAUAAUAGAGUUUUGCGUUUUGCAAGAUAAAAAAUAUAUGUACAAAUAUGGA